CGCUGUUGAGCUAACGAUACCGUCGCGGUUGUUAUAAACGCCGGAGCCGCUGCUGCUCCCCCUGCGACACUCAUUCAUGAGAUUUCCGAGUUCUGUCGAGACUCGAUGGGAUGGAGGAUGGCUCCUCGUUCGGAUAGACGUCUCUGGCUCGAGCGGAGAUAAUAUGAUCUGAGGUCCACAGUGAUCACUUCCUCCCGAAUGGCUCGAUUGCACGCGCAAACCCAAAUCGGAUCGUGGGCUAUUUUUCUAACUCUGUGUGUCGGGAGGGCCAUCCGGAACCGGAAGCUCCAUGUGAUCAUAGCCUGUUCGCUCCUCGUUCUUCUAUGGACGGAGGCACGUCACCGUGUAUUGAUUGACGGUCCUCAUACGCUGUGCGUAGCAGUGUUUUCGGCGCCGACAGAGGCUUCAGCUGCUUGUCGACAGACCGCGCGCGAAACUUGGCUGUCGUUGGAUGACGGGGUGCGACACUAUUUCUUCAUCGGCGACCAAAAUCUUCCCCCUCAAGUCUCCGAAGCGCUCUCGAACGAGAACAGAAACGCAGGUGAUGUAGUACUCUUGCCCUUCGUGGACUCCUAUAGGAACCUCACGUUGAAACUCCUGCACAGUAUCAAGUACCUGGUUGAAAAAUGUGAUUGCAAAUAUAUUCUGAAGGCCGACGACGACACUUUCGCACGAGUCGAUCUCAUAGUUUCAGAGUUGGAAGUCGUCAAAGUCGAACAGCGCUUGUAUUGGGGAUACUUCACCGGAAGAGCCCCCAUAUUCCGUCGGGGAACGUGGGCGGAAACGGAUUGGUUCCUUUGUGAUAGAUAUUUACCGUACGCCCGAGGGGGUGGCUACAUUUUCUCGCAUCGAGUGGCCAAAUACAUCGCUGACAACUCUCCGAUCCUCCAACGAUAUCGAAGCGAAGACGUCUCCUUUGGUGUCUGGACCGCGGGACUCCAACUGCAUCGAGUACACGAUCCUCGAUUCGAUACAGAAUACACAUCUAGGGGAUGCCUGAACUCGUAUCUGGUCACACACAAGCAGAGUUCAAGUCAGAUGUAUGAGAAGAUGAAGAACAUCCGGACCAAGGGACGACUCUGUCCAAAGGGCGAGGAAGGCGAGACUCGGGAAUCUUACUCUUACAAUUGGACCGUUCUUCCGUCUCAAUGUUGCAAACCUACUUAAGCUCUCCUCGGGCCACGAAGCUCCGACCUUUGAUCACGAAUGUCCCUGCGCGGAAUCCAAACGAGCUCAAUGCGGAUUUUGUGGAUCGGGCCUUGAGCUCCAGAUCUCAUCGAGUGGAGCAUACA